AAUUAUUUUGUGGGCGAUACUGUCAGAUUAUGCGAUCGAUUAUAGGUUAAGCACUUUAAAAAAUGUCAAAAUAAAAUAGUGUUUUUGCUAUUAUAUUUUUAAUAAACAAUGAAUUCAAGAACAAAAUGUAAAAUAAACUCAGAUGGUAGUGUUUGUUUAUCAACUAUUUUAAACUCAUUUAACUCAUCAAUCAAAGAAGAACAUGCUUGGGCCCUGUGUUAUCAAAUCGCCAAAUACUUUGAAGAAUGUCUUCAGGCACAUAAACAAAAUUCAUAUAUUAUUACUGAGGUACAACAUGUUUACUUAAAAACCGAUGGAACGGUACAUGAAAAUACAGGAAUAGUGAGUGAUACUUCUAGGAGAUUACCACAAAAUGAAAUAGAUAUUAUUAAGGGAAUAGGGGUAGUUAUUUAUGCGGCAUUAGAUUCAGAAAUUCAAAAUGGUGAAGAGAAAGUAAUAAGUUACGAUCUUGAGCAGCUUAUUAGUGAUUUAAUAGCAGAUGACUGGAAUAACACUGACCAUAACCAUCAUGAAACUGAUGAUGAAGGUAUAGAAAGAGAUUCAGAUGAGGAUCCAAAUACAUCAAGAAUUGUAGAUCAUAUAACUUUGAAAGAAGUGAUUAGAAGGUGUGAAAGUCAUCUAGGAUAUUUAACUAAAGCUCAGGCAGAGGCACAUUAUAAAGCAGUAGUUAGGGCUCUCGUAGCUGAAGCUAUUGAACUAUCGACAUUUUUAGAAAAAGUGGCUCAAGGCAGUAUAAGUUUACCAUCUAGUAGUACCAGUGAUCAAUUGGAGUUUUCAGAUUGGGCUAAAUUUUGGGUACAAGUUAUGAAUGAACUCAGGACGGGAGUUAAACUCAAAAAAGUAAAUUUCACAAAAGCUCCUAUAGAAUAUGAAUUAACCCCUUAUGAAGUUUUAAUGAAGGAUAUACGAAGUUGUAAAUAUAAUUUAAGAAAAAUAAUGAUCAAUGGAGACGUACCUUGUAGAAUAACCAAAGAUGCUCAUGCUAUUAUUUUAGAAUUCAUUAGAUCGAGACCACCCUUAAAAAAGGUGUCAGACAGAAAAAUUGUACCUCAACCAAGAGCUUUAACUCCUCGUGAACAACUAUUGAACUCAAUCAGGAAGGGGAGGAAACUCAGACCUGUGCCAACACCACGAAAAUUCUGUUUUAGUACUUCCAAGUUUAAACUUGAUGUAUCAAAUGCUUCUACUUCAGCAGAAGUAAUGACACCUCCAAAACCAGCUGUUAGGAAAUUGAUAAAAGUUGAUUUUUCACAAUUUGAAGAUGAUGACGAUGAUGAUAUAGCAGAUACUCCAGAUUCUGCAACUGAACCAGGUUUGUGGUCAAGUGAAUAUCCAGAAAUUUCAGACACUUCUCUAGUAGAUGUUUAUGAUUUGGCUACACAAGCAUAUGCCAGAAAUCCACCUCGACGUAACACUCUAGAAGUCGUUGAUACCAACAAUGGGUGUUAUUCUGUACCACAAUCUCGACCAUGCUCAAGACAAUCAUGCAAUAGUUCUGAAACUGAAUCAGUUCAGCUAGAACCAGAGGUAGCUAGACAAAUACAAGAUGAACUUACCUGUUCCCAAACUUGGCAAGAUACCAUAUCUUUAGAUGAUAGACUCUCUUUAACAUUAGCCGAAAUUGUCCAUAUUCGUACUGUACUUACGAAGGCUGAAUUAGACGCUCUACCAGUAGAAGGCAAGGUAAGACACGAUGUAGAAGCACGAAAAGUAUGUUUUCUGUGUUUAAAAACGCGUUUCGGUAUAUUCGGUCCUUGGGGUCAAAGAUGCACUCUUUGUAAACGCACAGUAUGCACCAAAUGUAGCUGUAAAAUGAAUAUUCCAAUGGAACAUUUCUCCAGCGUUCCUGUCGUACUAUUGAGUCCAAGUAUAAUGUGUUCACCGGAAGAUGAUAAUCAGUCAAUUGCCAAAUCUUUAGUGAACAAACUAUCGGAUACUAGUCCUAGUUCGAGAGAUGUCAGUCCUGCUGGAAGUAGACCUGGAUCUAGUAUGGAAACUACAGAAUCGGGUGGUCUUGGGAAAUUUCGGACGAGGGCUGCAGUUGUUGGAAGAAUUAAUCGAGCUUCCGAAAGGUUUAAACAUUCUCAGAUGAUGGUAUGCCAGGAUUGCAAAACGAUGGUGCUUCAAAUAAUAAAAUCGGCAAGAGCGAAUAGAUCGGCAAUUAGAAAUAAGACCAUUCAGAGUUUAACCCUUAACCUAUCACCCGUAUUUUAGAAAAAAUUUUCAAAAUUAUUCGACCUUUGUAGAUAUGUAAAAAAAUGGUAAAAAUUCAAAAUAAAAAGAAUCAUCAAAUAGAGCUUUAAUUAGUGUUUAGUGUACAGUAAAGAUGUCCUACAUGUUUAAUAUCAAGUUUUAUUAUUUUUUUGUUUCAAAAAGAAUCGUAUAUUAUACAAAUUUUUAUUUAUUAUUGUUAUAAAUAUACGAAUCCCACAUUAAUUGUUUUUAAAUACAUCCAAUUUGUAAUUGAACUAUUAAUAGGCAUAUUUUCAUAUUUAUAAUGAUCAAACUUUUUAUUCUCUCCAGAAUUUAUGAGAAGGUUUGCAUUGUGUCCCAAAAAUAAUCUUCAGCGCCUUUUUUUAGAUCUGCUAACAGAUAUAAAUAGUAUAAUAAGUUUGCUUUAUUCACUUUUCUUACUAAAAUUUAGCUUAUCGUCAAUGUCUGCAAUAUAAUUAAAUAUAAACUUUUUUGAAUCUCAAUGAGGUUUGUAAACCAAUCAAAAUGUACAACAUUUUAUUAGAUUAUCAUUACAAAUAGGAUAAAAGUGUAUGUGUAUAAUUAGUAAUGUAGAAAUGGCUUGAAUAAUUUCUUUUUUGCUUUUGCUUCUCCAAUUUUCAGUUUUAUUCUUCCUUUCUUCAUCUUAUGUAUGUAAAAUUGUUAACAAUACAAUCGUAGAAAGGCCAUGACUUGAUCUAUUUACUUCCUCUACUUCUUCUUUGCUUUUGAUUCUCCAAUUUGAAAUUUUUAGCUCUUUUAUAUCCUUCACCAACUGUUACCUGCUUUAAACUAACAAAUUGUAACUUUUUUGGAUAUUAUACGUCAGUAAAUUUCCAAAAUAAGUAAUAUCUAGAAGAAAUGGUAUAAUCAACUUGAUAAAAUUUGUAGGUUAUCUAAUAAUCAGUCAAAAAAUUGUUUACAGAGUGACCAUAAAAACUGUAAUUAGAAUAAAAUCUCCCACUUCGAUUAAUGGAAAUAUUUAAUGUUUUAAACGUUAGGUUAAGGAAGUGUUAUCGAUAUGUCAGGUCCACCAUAUAAAAUUCACUCUGUAUAUGUGGACAAAAUGGCAGUAUCGUUAAUAUAAUACAUAAUUUUUACCAAUUUUGAAUCAAGGCAUCUAAAGGUCGAGUUUGAAACCUCAUAAUCGUGAUAUUUUAAUGUUAUUAAUAAAUAGUACGAAGAAAUUAUAUUCACACCAAAGAUUAGAUAGAAAACUUUUUGCACACUUACUAAAUCUGGUCAUUUCUUUUAUAAUAACGGUGAUUAUUGACAAACUUUCAUUGAUUUUAACUUAAUUGUUUAAAUUUUAAAUAAUAAGUUUCCUAUCAUGUGUAAUGUAAAUUAUAUAUAUUUUGGAUGCUACAACAGAAAGAACAUCAAACGCAGAAAAACUAUUUAAUGCGAUAGAAACAUCUUUUCUAAGGACUUUUAGUGCAGUAGACCGAUUGGUAAAUGCAAUCAGCGCGUUAUUUCAGUUAAGACAAAUGAUAUUAGACAAAUAAACUUGUCAAAAUACUAGUUUAUCUACAAUAUUUCAUUUAAACGAACUAUUCGGAGGGCUUCUUUUAAAAAAGUUUCAAGCGACGUUUUGUCAACGGUGCAUUGCAAACAUAACCUCAAUUCUUUUAUAUUGAGAUUAAUCUACGCGAUUAAAACCAACAGUACGUUCUGGUGUAUAAAAAUAUUAGAUCAAAAGGUUGUAUUGGAACAAAACUAUUAUAAAUGUGAUUAGAUGUUAUGUAUAUAUGUCUGAAUGUACUUUGAAUUUAACUUUUCUUAUUCAACUCCAUUUCACUAAAAUUUUUUUGCAAUCUACAGAUUGAUCAACGACAAUUUAUUUUUGUUAGGCUAUUUAAUCACCUUAAUCUCCUGUAAUUUCUGGAACCGUUGUUGAUACUCAUACUGAACACACUAUUUAUACUACUACUACACCAUCACCCACAAUUAUACUGUCUGGCGCGCGUUUCGAUAACAAAGUUAUCCUCUUCAGAAACUGAAGGUAAACUGUUUACCUCCUUCAGUUUCUGAAGAGGAUACAACCUGUGAUAAUGUGAAUAGUUUUGGUACGCUAUAUGUCGAAUGGAAACACCUCUAUAUUUUCAUUAUUCAAAGCAAUUUAGUUUUGAAAAAGCUAAUUAAUUAUAUAAAUCAUAAUGAUAGAGUCUGAUACUACUACCCGAAGGAUGAUAAACAGAUAACUAAAUGCACAAUCGCCUUUAGCACUGUCCUGUUGAAGCUCACAAAUUUUCACUUCAUAUUUCAAUAAAAUUUCUUCGUGAUAUCCAGUGUUUUUAAGUAAUUAAUUUUUUUUAUCAAAAGUUACAUGGUCUUCUCCUAAUAUCUUUCGAACCGGUGAACAUAAUACCAUUUUCAGUUGACAAAUAUUUAAUUAGUGUUAAUUUCAAAUUUCCACUGAUUAUUGACUAUAUACAUUAAAAAUAUUCGCUUUCAAUCUGUAGAAUCAUUCUAAGGUGAAUAAUACAUUUUUUAUUCCACAUGUUACUUAUAAACCAAUGUGUUAAUAAUAAUUAAAUGUUAAAUAUUUAAAUAAAUGAUAAAAAACUGUAAUACGUGACAAAUUUAAAUAAUAUUGAUAUAGGUCUCAUUAAAUAUUGUAAUUUUUUGAAAAUAUUGAUAAAAAAAUGUUUAAAAAGUCUAUAUGGAUAAUUAUAAUCAUUUACAAUAACCGAAGAGAAUUAUAAAUUUGUUAAUAUGAGAUUUUAAAACUGUGGAGUGUCUCAGGAGAAGAUUUGAUGGAAUUUUUUUCGAAUUCACUAAAUCUGUUAAAAUAAGAACAUUGAUUGCCCCUCUACAUCGAUAUAAUAUGAACAAGUUCAAUAAUUUUUUCAUCUUUUAUAUACUAUAAUUCACAAUUCAAAAACUUUCACUCCAUAUUUCUAUAAAAUUUCUUUAUGAUAUCAUUGUAACUUUAUAUUUUUUACAAAAGUUACCAAAGAUGACAUGGUCCCCUCUUUUUCUAAUAUUUUUCAAAUAGACCUUCACAAAAAAAGUUUUUUUACGAUGGAGCUUUUCUCUUCUUUCGGUCUGAAUCAGUACAAUCAUAAACAAAAACCAAAACCCCAGCCUUGCAGAGGAGCAACUUCUAUAUCAGGACCAACUCCAACAAACAAGUUUUAUUUAUAUCUUUUGAACUGUUGAACUUGAAGCUUUAUACAAAAGCGCUGUUAACAAAUGGUUUUUUUAACAUUAGAAAUAUAAAUAGUAUACUAAAAUUGAAAACAUUUUCCAUCAAAUUAAAAAAAGCUUGAUAAUUCUUACAAUUAAUGUAUUGUUAAUGUAGGAAAUUGAUUUUUUCUUGGACAAUAAAAAAAUAGAUUUCAUGUGCCUGUAAUUGAAAUAUAGAAAACUAUUCAUUCAAUGCUACUAAAUUAGUAUUUUUCUUUUUAUUCCUUCUCAAAAUAUCAUCACAUUAAUUACUGGUGUGUUUAGACUAUGGAAAUCAAUCUCUAGUAUCUAAUUGAUUAAAUAAUCAGUUGAAAAUUAUUCUUAACACUUAUAAUCAUUUAAUUUAUAAUCAAAACUUAUUGAAACACACAGUAUACAUUGUGAUUCGAGAAGAAAUCAUUGUUGUCCAAUCCGAAGACCAGUUUUACCAAGUUUGUAACUUUCUUUUCACAUUCCACUAAUUUGUACUCAAUUUUUUUCGGAAUUGUUUGUUGAUAGUGAGAAAAAUAUAAAAUAAAUUCCUAAAAAAUUUAGUAGUGAUACUAGAACUAAAUGAUUAAAUAUAUAUAUUGAUAAAAAUCUAUUUUAAUUUUAUAACCCUGCUUAUCUUCAUUUUAUUCUUAAAUCCAUGUAUUUACGUGUUUUUAGCUGUUAAACAAAAUAUUAUAGAAGAAAUGAGAGUAAAGUUUAUUUUAUUUUGGUAAUUGUAAUGUAAAAAUUUCCUAAAAUGUGUAAGAAAUUAAAGAUUAUAACAAUGGUUAA